AUGGGCGUAUUCGCCAGGCGUCUCGCGUAUUCGUCGCUGGCUGUGGGGGCCUCUACAGCUCUAGGAGGGGCCUUCCUCUGGCGUCGGCACAAUAAGGGAAAAGUCCCCGAGGGCACAAAGUACUAUGUUACUCCUACAGGGCCCUCAGGGGCAUCGGGGGCCCUGGCGGGCCCCCGCAAAGCCCCUUAUCUGCCACCAUCUCGAGAGGAAAUGAUCGCCAAAAUGAAGCAAGACAGAUUUGAUGUACUCGUGAUUGGAGGCGGAGCUACGGGUGCUGGAGUGGUAUUCGAUGCCAGCGCUAGGGGCCUGAAGUGCUGUCUAAUAGAACAGAAUGACUUUUCAUCUGGAACUUCGGCCAAGAGCACCAAACUCAUACAUGGGGGCAUCCGCUACCUCCAGAAAGCUUUCGAGGAGUUGGACUUUGCACAGCUCUCACUGGUGUGCGAAGCAUUAGAAGAGAGGGCACACAUUUUACAGGCAGCUCCGCAUAUUGCGCAGCCCCUGGCGAUUCUGAUGCCUAUCUACAAACUCUGGCAGAUCCCGUAUUUCUGGUUAGGCGUCAAGGCGUAUGGUUUCAUUGCCAACCUUGUCUGUUGCGGGGAUACCGAGGUGCCCCCCACCUCGUACCUCCCUGCUGGCACCUCGGCCUUUUCGAUGCCAGUGCUUCCUGCUCGAGGUUUGAAGGGUUCUCUCUUGUAUUUUGAUGGGCAGAUGAAUGACAGCCGCCUCUGUCUCUCCCUUGCCCUCUCCCCCACGAUCCCCGGCUACGUGGAGGGCAUGCAACAAGCUGCGGCAGCAAACCACGUCAGGGCCAAGGAGUUUAUCAAGGAUGAAAACAAAAAGAUUAUCGGCGUCCGGGUUGAAGACAAAGAGGCCAACGAAGAGUUCAUCAUCUACGCAAAAGUAGUUGUCAAUUGUGCAGGGCCUCAAGCGGAUAUCGUGAGGAAAAUGGACCAUCCAGAUGCACCCUGUCUUUUGACACCGGCAUCCGGUGCACAUAUCGUGUUGCCACACUGGUAUACGCAUCACACGCCUUUUGGUUUGCUGUUGCCGGAGACGAGUGAUGGUCGUGUAUUAUUUCUGCUUCCUUGGGAGGGCCAUACCAUCGCGGGUACAACCGACGCUCCAGCCGUGGAGUCUGAGGAUCCUCGCGCGAAAGCUGCAGACGUAGAUUUCCUGGUAGAGGAAAUUGCCUCAUAUUUGAAGGUGGACGCAGACAAAAUGCGAGCGGACAUCCAGUCUGUGUGGUGUGGCAAUCGGCCCCUAGUGUCUCAAACGCCGUCCGCCCAAGACACUGCUGGAGUCGUGCGUUCCCACACAGUGCUAGUCGACGAAUCCUCUGGCCUCGUGAGCCUCGUUGGAGGCAAGUGGACAACGUACAGGCGCAUGGCCGAGGACGCUGUUGACAAACUUCUGUUGGUUCACCAUGAGAAGGUCGCCGCCUCGACUCCUUGCAGAACCAAAGGAAUGAAAAUACAGGGGGCCGUCGAUCCCCUUGGCCGUCUGAGUCCAGCUGACUGUCGGUUCAGCAGCGGCAAGCUAGAAAGCGAGUUGGCGUCUUCCUUCCCUUCUCUCUCUUUCGAGCAACGAGCCCACCUAAUCAGACACUACGGCUUCCUGUCACGGGACGUCCUCUCUUUAGCUCAGACGGAGGGCCUCAUGGAUCCUCUAGUAGAGGGCCACCCGUAUCUGAAGGCAGAGGUUGUUUUUGCUUGCCGAAACGAGCAGGCGCGGUCAGUUUGCGACGUCCUUGCACGACGGCUACCUCUCUUUUUCUUGGAUCAGCAACAGGGUCUGAGGGCGAUAGAUCAGGUGUGCGCCCUGAUGUCCAAGGAACUGGGCUGGACUGCCACGAUAGCCAACAAGAAAAAGGAAGAGGCCAUCAAUUAUGCCAAGACAUUUACAGUGUGCUCUUAA